AUGGAAAACUCUGAUGAGUUUCAUGAAAAGCAAAGGUUGAAGAUGAGGAUCGGUGUUUUGGAGGAGAGCAUGAAGUCCUGUGAGCUGGAGAGUAAAGCCGGCAGGGAGACGGUGCUGAGGCUGGAGGCAGAGCUAGACCAAGAGAGGAGAAAGGCUGCCCGAAGCAAUGCAGCACUUGAAUCUCUCAAAUUGGAGUUGGAUGGCCUGGCGAUGGGAAGAAGGAGUGUUGAGGCUGAGAAUCAGGCCUGGAGUGAGAGGCUUGAAGCCAGCAGGAGAGUGAUUGAGGCAGCCAGAAGAGAGUCCUGCUGUUUAGAAAAACAAGUGGAGGAGUUUCAGAAAAAGUCCCACGCAUCUGAGGGGAAACUUCAGGUGUUCCUGGAAAAGCUGGCCACCGUGCUAAAGGGACGUCCUGAGGAUGCCAUCCCCCCCACAGAGACAGACGUUGUAAAUAAAGUGGAUAACAUCUGCAACAAGGUGGUAUCGGCAAUGGAGACACGACUGUGUCGUGUCUCUGAGGAGUUGAAAGUGCAGACAGAGCUCCAACGCAGCACACUGCAGAGGGCUCUGCUUGCAGAGCAGCAAGUCCAGGACCUGAGGGAGAGGCUGCACAGGGUAGAGACCGAGCUCCUAACAGCAGACAAGCUUAUUGAUGAGCAGGGACACAAUAAACAGCAUUAUGAAGAGUUCCUGGAGCAGCUGUCUGAGGCGAUGAAGCUGGAAAAUAUUGCUGUUGAUCUCGGGAUUGACAUGAGGUUAAAUCUCAUCCUAUCUCGUGCAGAACAACUUGUCAAACAAGAGGCAGCUGCUUUGAUGGAAAGCAAAAGUCUGGCAUACAGCUUACAGAGAAAGGUUAAAUCACAAAAGGACCAACUAGACAGUAAAGGACUCCACAUCCAGAUACUGAGGAAGAAGGUUUCACAGCUGGAUGAGGAGAAUAGAACUCGAUCAGCAGUUGAACGAGAAGAUGCGUGUGCCGAGGCCAGAAGACUCCAGAAAAAGCUGGUUCAUCUCCAAGGAGAGCUGAAAGCCACCAAGCUGACCAACAGCGAGCUCAAGGCCCAGCUCUCCCACAACAACGAACUCAAGGUAAAAGUCAUGGAACAGAGUCAGACCAUGCAGGAGAAGAAACAGAAGUUGGCUCAGCUGGUGGAUGGGAAGGUAAAAGCGGAGAAGAAACUGUGCACAGUGAGCUUACACCUGCAGAGCCCAGAGAGGAGGACCAGAGAUGACCAAAAAACAACUCACCACGCUCGCAUAGAGCCUGGCUCAGCUGUCUGA